CAAUAUUGAAUUUGAUUUGUAGCGUAGGGGAGUACAAAGCUGUCUCCUUCUUCCAUCUUGAUUUCAGCAGCUUCCGUCGUUUUCUUGGACCGAGAUCUGAGCUUCCUUCUGUAUUCCUCGAAGCUUCCUUCCAAAGCUUUCUUGUGCUGAUAUUUUAGAUAGUUCAAAGAGGAGUCAUUGAGGCUUGUAUGCAUCAGUGAAACAUGCUGAUGCACAGUAGAUCAUGCAAGAAGAAGAUACAGACAAUAUAAAGAGUUUUCCGAACAAGAUAUCUCAGAUUUAAUCUCUAUUUCUGUCUCAUCAAGUGUACCCAAAGAACCAUGGCAGAUUGUGCAUCUGUUGUAGGUGUUGAAGUUAGCAAGCAGAAGCUUUUAACAGAAGAAGGAGAAAUGUCUGAAAGUGAAGCGCGGCUCGGCAUAUUGCAUGAAAAAAUUGUUAACUGGAAUUCCGAUCAAUCCAUGAUAUGGGACCGAGACCCUGAUGAAACUUCUGAGUUUUUGCAAGUUGUCAAUGAAGUUCAGCAACUUGUUGACAAGUUAACAACCUCACCUGUGUACAAUAAGCUUUUAUGCUAUGCUGAUAGCACUCUUCAGAUGGCCAUGGCUAGGCUUGAGGAGGAGUUUGUGCACCUUCUGAGACAGUAUAGGCAGCCUUUGGAGCCAGAUCACAUGUCGUUUCGGUCCAUGGAAGAGGAAUUGUCAGAGGACUUCUCAUCUAGUUCAUUUGAAGAAGAAGCAAUUCAGGGUAAAAGCCACCAUGAUAGUGGCCGAAGAUCGGAGGAUUUUCUAGUCGAUCUGAUCCAUCCUGAUGUUGUAUGUGACCUCAGAUGCAUAGCUGAAACGAUGUUUUCGGCCAAGUAUGACAGGGAGUGCUGCCAAGCCUACAUUAGUGUCAGAAUGGAUGCACUUGAUGAGUGUCUUUCUGUUCUUCGCAUUGAAAAAUUGAGCAUUGAAGAAGUCCUGCAGUUGGAAUGGUCAUCACUGAAUUCCAUGAUCAAGAGGUGGAAUCGAGCUCUGAAAGUUUUUGUACGCGUUUAUCUUUCGAGCGAGAAUCGUCUAUGUGACCUCAUAUUUGGAGAACUUUCAGUAUCACUAAGACAGUCCUGCUUUGUUGAAAUCUCAAAGAGCUCUAUCAUGCAAUUCCUCAAUUUAGGAGAAGCAAUAGCAGUUGGACCACUAAAGCCAGAGAAGCUCUUCAGGAUACUUGACAUGUAUGAGGUAUUAGCAGAUCUUCUCACUGACAUCGAAUCACUCUUUCCAAAUGAGUCAGGCUCUUUCAUUGUAAAUGAAUGCAAUGAUAUUUUGUCAAGGCUGGGUGAAUAUGUGAGAGGAACCUUCUCCGCAUUCAAGAAUGCGAUUCUAAGAAACACAUCAACAACAGGUUUUGCAGGAGGUGGAGUUCAUCCUCUCACAAAGUAUGUCAUGAACUACAUCAAAGCACUUGCAGAUUACCGUGUAACAAUGAAUGUGCUCUUUGAUGAACAAAACUACUCCUUGCAGGAAGAGGGUAAUGGUUUAACUCCUGUGGCUAGUAAUCUACAAUCUGUGACCUCAAUCUUGGAAUCAAACCUCAAUGACAGAUCGAUGUUGUAUGUCGACACUGCACUGCAAUGCUUAUUUUUGAUGAACAACAUCUGUUACAUGGUUCAGAAGGUAAAGGAUUCUGAUCUCCAGCCCAUUCUUGGAGAUGACUGGAUCCGAUUGCACAUUAGAAAGUUCACGCAGCAUGCUAUGAACUACGAGCGAGCUUCAUGGAAUCCAGUUCUCCUUUUCUUGAAGGAUGAAGGCAUCCAUAACCAUGGUUCCAGCACUCCUUCAAAGACUGUUCUUAAGGACAGAUUCAAGAACUUUAACCAGGCAUUUGAAGAAGUAUACAGGACUCAGAUGGUUUGGUCUGUCCCAAAUGUUGGUCUUAGAGAAGAUUUGAGGAUUUCAAUCUCACUCAAGGUGCUACAAGCUUACAGGACCUUCAUUGGAAGGUAUGCUAGCCAUCUUGAUGGAGUAAGGAAUCGAGAACAUUACAUCAAGUAUUGUCCGGAGGAUUUGGAGUCAGCCUUGUUGGAUCUCUUUGAGGGGACACCUAAGGUGAUGCAUCCGCGUAGAAGGUGAGUCCCGAGGGAGAUCAGGAAGGAGAAGCAGAAGUAGAAUAACCAUGGUUUGUUUUAUCUUUUGUAUAAUCUAAUUGAAUGUUGGAUGAGCCACCAAUUUGUUCAUGUCUGUUCAUGUCUGUUCAUGUCUGUAUGUUGUACUGAUCUUAAAUCUAGAGCUAUUUUGAUGCAAUACGACUCAGUCAUUCAAAAUACUGUACUAAUAUAUUGUUUGGUUAUGAAUGAUUCUUCAUUUCAUCUU